UCGGUUGUGACGUGGGUGUGACGCGGUGCAGAUAGACGAGACUGAUUUUAGGUCUUCUAAACUGGCCGCACCGGACAGUUGUCUUCUGUUACAGAUUAACGACUAAACUCGAUUCAAUAAUAACAAGUUUUUGUUUUUCGUCUUUGGAAACCAAACAGUAGAAAACUGGGGUUGUUUUGUUAAGCACCGUUUUCCCCCACCCCUCCCUAUUAUCAUUAUUCCUUUGAAGAUUCUUCGUUGUCAAGCCGCCAAAGUGGAGAGUGUGAUUGCAGAAGGGGGCGCUUCUCGUUUCAGAUUAAGACCGUGGAUAUUAUGCAACAGGAUCAAUGGCUACAGCAAAGAGAAAACCAGACAAAUGCUUCUUCGGGGGGAGGAGGUGUUAGGAGUGCACCUCAGCACCAUCCCAAGACUGUCGGCAACAGCGAGUUCCUGGGGAAAACCCCAGGGCAAAGCGUUCAGAAAUGGGUUCCUUCACGAAGCACUAGACGAGAUGCCAACUCCAGCAACGAUAAAGAUUGCCACGAUGCCAUCUUCCGGAAAGUGAGAGGCAUACUCAACAAGCUCACGCCUGAGAAGUUUGACAAGCUAUGCCUCGAGCUCCUGAACGUGGGCGUCGAUUCAAAGCUCGUCCUUAAAGGAGUCAUCUUGCUGAUUGUAGACAAGGCCCUAGAAGAGCCAAAGUAUAGCUCGCUCUAUGCCCAGCUAUGUCUGCGCUUGGCAGAGGACGCGCCAAACUUUGAUGGCCCUCCACCGGACAUCCAAACAUCCCAAAAGCAAAGCACAACCUUCAGGAGACUGCUUAUUUCCAAGCUCCAAGAUGAAUUUGAAAACCGCACAAGAAACGUCGAAAUCUACGAAAAGCAUGACGGCCCCCUCACCACCGAGGAGGAGGAGCAGCGGUGCAUCGCCAAGAGCAAGAUGCUGGGCAACAUCAAAUUCAUCGGGGAACUCGGCAAACUCGACCUCAUACACGAGUCUAUCCUUCAUAAGUGCAUCAAAACACUCUUGGAAAAAAAGAAGAGGGUCCAACUCAAGGACAUGGGUGAGGAUCUGGAGUGCCUCUGUCAGAUAAUGCGAACGGUGGGGCCUCGACUUGACCAUGAGAAAGCCAGGUCUCUAAUGGAUCAGUACUUUGGCCGGAUGAAGUCGUUAAUGAGCAACAAGGAGCUGCCUGCCAGGAUCCGAUUCCUCCUCCAGGACACAUUGGAGCUGCGAGACAACAACUGGAUCCCCCGCAAGGCUUUCAUCGACAACGGCCCCAAGACGAUCAAUCAGAUCCGUCAGGAUGCCGUCAAGGAUUUGGGUGUGUUCAUCCCUGCGGGCAUGGCUCAGGGGAUGAGGAUGGAAUUAUUCAUGGAAGGCUCCUUCAUGCCCAACCGCAUGAAGCUGGACAGGGAGACACCCGGGGGGCUGGCUGACAUGUUUGGACAGAUGCCAGGGGGAGGGAUAGGGACGGGCCCUGGUGUCAUUCAAGACCGGUUCUCACCCACAAUGGGACGCCAUCGCUCCAACCCUCUCUUCAACGGCCACGGGAGCCACGGGGGCCACAACGCCCCCCAGCCCCCGUCCCAAUUUGACAUGGGGGCCAAGCUCUUCAUCAAGCCCAGCCAGGUGCAGAAUCAGCAUUUCCUCAACCAGAACCAAAACCACCAGGCUCAACAGCCGGUCCAGUCCAAGGACAUGACCCCCCGGUUCAGCAAGAAAGGUCAACUCAACUUGGACGAGAUCAGCCUGAGGCCGGCGCAGUCGUUCCUCCUCAACAAGAACCAGGCGCCCAAGCUCCAGCCCCAGAACCCCACCAUGAACCCCCACGGCAACCAGCCCCCCCGCACCCAGACCCCCCCACUGGGACAGUCUCCACAGCUUGGCCUUAAAAUCAACCCGCCGCACAUCCAGGAGAAGCCUCAGAAGAUCUGCAAGAAACCCCCGCCUGCCAGGGAGGAGCUGCUGAAGAUGACGGAGACGAUCGUGACGGAGUACUUGAACAGCAAGAACCUGACGGAGGCGCUCGGCAGCAUUCGGGAGAUGAAGGCGCCCAAGAGCUUCUUGGCGGAGAUGCUGAGCAAGGUGAUCGUGUGCUCCCUGGAGCGCCCGGACGAGGACAAGGAGCACUCCAGCACCCUCAUCCACAGCCUCCGCUCCGAGGGCCUCAUCACCGGAGACAACUUCAUGCUGGCCUUGAUGUCCGUGCUGGACCAGUGUCCCAAGAUCGAGACGGACGUGCCCCUUGUCAAGUCCUACCUGGCCCAGUUUGCAGCGCGUGCCGUCCUGGCCGAGCUGGUGAGCGUGGCGGAGCUGGCCCAGCCCCUGGAGAACGGCACCCACUUCCCCCUCUUCCUGCUCUGCCUGCAGCAGGCGGCCAAGCUGCGGGACCGAGACUGGCUCGCCGACGUCUUCCAACAGAGCACGGUCAACAUGCAGAGGAUGCUACCCGAGAUCGAUCAGAACAAGGACCGCAUGCUGGAGAUCCUGGAGGAGAAGAGCCUGGGCUUCCUGUUCCCCCUGCUGAAGCUGGAGAAGGAGCUCCUGGUGCAGAUCAAGGCCGACCCCUCCCCCCAGUCCAUCUACAAGUGGAUCAAGGACAACAUCUCCCCCAAGCUCCACACCGACAAGGGCUUUGUCAACAUCCUCAUGACCAGCUUCCUGCAGUUCAUCUCCCAGGAGCUGGGCGUGGUGGAGGAGGACCAGGCCGCGCCCCCCAAGGAGCAGCUGGAGCAGGAGAAGCAGCUGCUGCUGGCCUGCAAGCCCGUCCUGCAGAAGUUCCUGCACGACCACACCCAGCUGCAGGUCAGCGCCCUGUACGCCCUGCAGGUGCACUGCCACGCCAGCGACUUCCCCAAAGGCAUGCUGCUGCGCUACUUUGUCCACUUCUACGACAUGGAGAUCAUCGAAGAAGAAUCCUUCCUCGCGUGGAAAGAAGAUAUCACCCAAGAAUUCCCUGGAAAAGGAAAAGCUUUAUUCCAGGUCAACCAGUGGUUAACAUGGCUGGAAACCGCAGAGGAAGAGGAGUCUGAAGAAGAGGUUGAAGGCUGAGGCUACCCCCCCUCCCCCACCCCCACCCCAAUUAAACUCCCUAACCACUGUUGCACGGCACUCAGCUGCUCAUAUCUCCAAGCUGAGAACACAGUAUUUUACCAGGGCACGAUGUGUUGCUUCCCUUUCUGCGCCCUCACUUUAGACCCUACGCCAGGCUGAGAGGCAGUGGAUGAUGGUUUUGGUUCCUCCUCCCACCCCCCCCCCCCCCCUUUCCUCUGGUUGUCCCCAUUGGCUGGAUCUGGACGUUCACACUGGCUACACCCACGUUUUGCAUUGUAACAAUGUAGAUAUAGUUCUGCCACAGCUCCUAAAUCUUCCAGUAUGGCUUUCCCAGCGUUGAUUAGCUGUCUUAACACCCUGAGAGAGAACACUUCUCGAGUAUGUACCCAAGGGCUAUCCAGAGGGUAGGAUAGUGGCUCAUAUUUUCAUGAAGGAAGUGUUAAGUUGGCUAGGAUGCGGCGAGUCUUCACAGUAAACCUGCUGGAAACCCAUCCUUAUCUUCUUUUCCAAACCAAAGUGCUCUUCACUGCCCGUCGCCAGCAAGGAGCAGUUGAUAUCCGUUGUCCUGGAGAACCCAUUUGGCCUGUCGAGGCAGUAGAGAUUGAACCCCACUCGCUCUGGUAAACAUAAGUGGUCGCAGUAUUCAUCCUAUCAAAUCUUAAAUUGUCCUAGAAACUGUAAUCAUUGGUGUGCUGCCGAAAUGGUUUCCAUUAAGUUUUGUCUGUGUUUCUACCUCCUAGUAGAUGGUGUAUUGUGCCCAGAUUAAGAAUUAUUUUGGUGAAAAAACAUUGCAAGUCCAAGACUGGUAUUCUGGUCUAACCUGCAGGUCCUCCUGUAGGACCCACUUUUGUAGUUAUAAAGUAUUAGAAUUAAGGAACCUAAAUAAAUGAAAUGAUUGGACAUCUCUUCUAAACCCUUUACCAAUGACGUAACAUACCUUGGGCAGGUUCAGGAAUAUGAUAUCCUCCUCAAUACCGAGUGAUAUUUGACCUUGUUCUGUUUGCAACUUUAAAAAAAAUCAGAAUUGUAACCAAGUAAGUUUUAUCCUGUCUUUUUUUAAUUGCCGAAUUAAAGUUGACAUGAUUGUUGUUUAAA